GCAGUUGAGCACCAGCCUUCCGCUUUCAUUCACAGUCUGCUGUUUGCAAAUGUAAACAGGCCGCUCUUCACUCUUUGGGAUAAAAUUAAAAAUUAGUAACGUGAAAGGAAUUUGAAUUCGGCGACAACAUGGUCGUUGUGCAGUGGCAUGAUAGGAGGAUGGAAACGGAGAACUUGAGCGCCGAGGUCGCGCCGGUGGAGCAGGUGGUGCCCAAGGACGACGAGCCCAAGGGUCACAAGGUCAACGGCUUCAGCCUGGUCGACUCGUCCAACGAGGAAGACCUGACGCCACCCUCGGUCAAUGGCCACCACAGCCCCGUGCAGACCAAGAAACAACCCGCUCCGCAAGUCAUUGAAGUGCAGCCAACGAUUGAAGUGAUAGCAGAGCCUAAAGCCAAACCAAAAAUGAAGGAGUACUUGGACGGUCCUGACCAGUUGAUCCCAAGCGAGGCUCUUUUCAACUGCCUUCCUGAUGGCGCCGUCAAGCUCCGCGUUGGCACCGAAGGGGUUGCCGCUGAAAAACCCAUCUCAGUGCCCACCAUGCUGAGGAGGACCGUCGAGCGUUAUCCGGACCGCACCGCUAUGGCAGUCAAAGCAGACAAGAACGCCGACUGGACGAGGAUCACCUUCCGAGAGUAUGAACAGAAUGUCCGCACCGUGGCCAAGGCGUUCAUCAAGCUCGGCCUUGAGCGCUUCCACUCGGUGAACAUCCUCGGAUUCAACUCGCCUGAAUGGUUCAUUUCUGACUUGGCAGCCAUCUAUGCAGGUGGUUUUGCUGCUGGCAUCUACACCACAAACAGCGCCGAAGCUUGUCUUUACUGUGCUGAAAACAGCAGGGCAAAUAUUAUUGUUGUCGAGGAUGACAAGCAGCUCAAGAAAAUCCUUCAGGUCAAGUCUCGUCUCCCCCAUCUGAAAGCCAUCAUCCAAUACUCAGGGAAAGUUGAGGCUGAAGGAGUGCUUAGCUGGGCGGAUGUGUUGAAAAUUGGAGAGGAAGAGAAGGAUGAUGAGUUGAAUGAGCGCAUCAAGAGGAUUGCCGUCAAUCAGUGCUGCACCCUUGUCUACACUUCUGGUACCACUGGUAACCCCAAGGGUGUUAUGUUGAGUCACGAUAACCUGACCUGGGACGCCCUUGCCAUCGGAAGCUACCUUCAGUUAAGAACAGGGGAGGAGGAAAUUGUCAGCUACUUGCCUCUUAGCCACGUCGCAGCCCAAGUAGUUGAUCUUUUUAUCACAAUAAGUUAUGCAGCCACCGUGUUCUUCGCCCAACCCGACGCCCUGAAGGGAAGCUUGUUGCCAACUCUGCUUGAAAUCAGACCCACCAAGUUCCUCGGCGUGCCCAGAGUGUGGGAGAAAAUCUACGAGAAAAUGCAGGAUAUUGGUCGGCAGUCGACUGGCAUCAGGAAGACCCUAGCCACCUGGGCCAAGAGCAAAGGUCUCGAGUACAACAUCAACAGAAUGAAUGGAAACAAUACGCCUACCUGGGGCUACACUUUUGCCAGUUUCCUUGUGCUGAAGAGGGUAAGGAAGGCCCUCGGACUGGACAGGUGCAAUCUUUUUGUUUCUGCUGCCGCCCCUAUUGCCUCAGAUGUUGUGAAAUACUUUAUGAGUUUGGAUAUUCCUGUCAUGGAGGCAUACGGAAUGUCCGAAGCAGCUGGUGCCCACACGUUGAACACGAACGAGUUCUUCAAAAUUGAUAGUGUGGGAAAAACUUUGCCUGGAAUGCAAACUCUACUGUUCGAGCAAGACGCCAGCAAACAGGGAGAGAUUUGCAUGAACGGAAGGCAAGUUUUCAUGGGUUAUUUGAACAACGAGGAGAAGACCAAGGAGGCGAUGGAUGCCCAGGGCUGGCUGCACUCUGGAGACAUCGGCAAAGAGGACGAGAAUGGAUUCCUCUACAUCACUGGUCGCAUUAAGGAGCUUUUGAUCACAGCCGGAGGAGAAAACGUUCCACCUGUGCCCAUUGAGGACGCCAUUAAGUCUGAACUUCCAGUUGUUAGCAAUGCCAUGCUGAUUGGCGAUCGCAGAAAGUUCCUCUCCAUUCUGCUCACUCUAAGGACUGAGACUAAUUUGGACACCGGCGAGCCUCUCGACAAACUCACAAGCGGCGCCAGGGCAUGGUGCCAAGAACAAGGCAGCUCGGCAACUACGUUGUCUGAAAUUAUCAACGGUCCUGAUGAGAAAGUCAUGAAAGCCCUGGAGGCUGGAAUAGUCCGUGCGAACAAGUUGGCCAUUUCAAAUGCUCAGAAGGUGCAGAAAUUCAAGGUCUUGCCCAAGGACUUUUCGAUUCCAGGAGGAGAGCUUGGCCCCACCAUGAAGGUUAAGAGAAACGUCAUUCACGAACAGUACCUGGAUUUGAUUGAGUCAUUCUACAAUUAAACAACGGAUGGAAAAUAAUGUGCUAAAUAUUGAUUUCUGCAAGUGCUCAAGUCUUUUAUAAUGUUUUAUAUUUGUAUCUUCCAUCUACAUGUACACCAAGAGGCCAUGAAAUUUUGAUUUUUACUUAGCUCCCUUUGAUAGCAGUAUUUUGCCAUGCAUACUUAAAUGGCGCUGAUUCCAAAAUUUUGGACCAUUGCUUUACACACAAAAUUUUUCUUGUCAAAUCUUUAAAGGGCUGAAGAAAUUAAGAGUGACAUGAUAACUUUGUUAAAAAUUGAAAAAAGUUAAUUUCUUUAAGUCCCUUGAACCCAAUAAGCCUUGAGUGAGCCUAAAUUUUAAAGUGUCUGUGAUUAGUUUUAAGUUUUUAUGAGUUGUUGAGUUUUAAUUUAAUAGCGUAUGUUGCAAGAGAGAAUACAAUAUUAAUGUGAUUGCAAGUCCUUUGGACUGGAUAUGCACAAAUCAGUGUUAAAACUACUAUUGAAACGUGAAAGGCACUUAUUUAUUAAAAAAAUAAUAGUAAGCGCUGUGAUGUAAAAGGAAACGAAAUUGUUGUAUAAAAAUUCCAAAAUAAGAUUGCCAAUAAUAGAGAAUUUAUGGUAUGUGCCAAUGUUUUGAGAUGUUUACAGUUAAAAUUGGAUGUAAAUAUAAAAUGUAUUUUGUUUAAAAAAAAAAUAUUAUUAGUUUUAUUUUUAAUAAAAGUGCAUGAAUUGUUUUAAA